UCUGGAACAGAUGGAGUGAUCAAGCUGAGAAAGGAUCAGCUGCAGGAUGAGGGAGAGCUGGAGAAGGUCAAGAAGAAGAGACGUUUGGAUUUUCUGGAUAUUCUCUUGUUUGCCAAAACGGAGAAUGGGGAUAGCUUGUCUGACAAGGACAUCCGUGCUGAGGUGGACACAUUCAUGUUCGAGGGCCAUGACACCACAGCCAGCGGACUCUCCUGGAUCUUCUAUGCUCUGGCCACACACCCUGAACACCAACAGAGAUGCAGGGAGGAAGUUCAGAGCCUCCUGGGGGAUGGAUCCUCCAUCACCUGGGAUCACCUUGACCAAAUGCCCUACACCACCAUGUGCAUCAAGGAGGCCAUGAGGCUCUACCCACCUGUCCCAGGUGUUGUCAGAGAGCUCAGCAAACCUGUCACCUUCCCUGAUGGGCGCUCUCUACCCAAAGGUAUCCCAGUCAUCCUCUCCAUUUAUGCUCUCCACCACAACCCGAAGUUGUGGCCAAACCCAGAGGUGUUUGACCCUUCCAGGUUUGCACCAGAUUCUCCCCGACACAGCCAUUCAUUCCUGCCCUUCUCAGGAGGAGCAAGGAACUGCAUUGGGAAACAAUUUGCUAUGAAUGAACUGAAGGUGGUUGUGGCCCUGACCCUGCUCCGCUUUGAGCUGCUGCCAGAUCCCACCAGGGUGCCCAUCCCCUUACUACAAAUUGUGUUAAAACCUAAGAAUGGGAUCUACCUGCAUCUCAAGAAGAUCCACUAAAUCUG